CACAGCGAUAGAGACCCAGAGUACCAGCUCCGAAGAGAUAGUGCCAAGCCCGCCCUCGCCUCCACCGCCGCCCCGCAUCUACAAGCCCUGCUUUGUGUGCCAGGACAAGUCCUCAGGGUACCACUAUGGUGUCAGCGCCUGUGAAGGCUGCAAGGGCUUCUUCCGGAGAAGCAUCCAGAAGAACAUGGUGUACACUUGUCACCGGGAGAAGAACUGCAUCAUCAACAAAGUCACCCGCAACCGCUGCCAGUACUGUCGGCUGCAGAAGUGCCUGGAAGUCGGGAUGUCGAAGGAGUCAGUGAGGAACGAUCGGAACAAAAAGAAGAAGGAUGACAAGAAGCCGGAGUGCAUGGAGAUCUACGUGCUGAGUCCUGAAACGGAGAGGAUGAUCGAACGGGUUCGAAAGGCACACAAGGAAACGUUUCCCUCCCUGUGCCAGCUGGGCAAAUACACUACGAGUAACAGCUCAGAACGACGUGUAUCUCUGGACGUAAACCUGUGGGACAAGUUCAGUGAACUCUCCACCAAGUGCAUCAUAAAGACGGUGGAGUUUGCUAAGCAGCUGCCCGGCUUCACAACGCUCACCAUCGCCGACCAGAUCACUCUGCUAAAGGCCGCCUGUCUGGACAUCCUGAUACUCCGGAUCUGUACGCGCUACACACCAGAGCAGGACACCAUGACUUUCUCAGAUGGACUCACGCUAAAUCGAACCCAGAUGCACAACGCAGGUUUCGGCCCUCUCACCGACCUGGUUUUUGCCUUUGCCAACCAGCUCCUUCCUCUGGAGAUGGACGACGCAGAGACGGGGCUGCUCAGCGCCAUCUGUUUGCUCUGUGGAGAUCGUCAGGACUUGGAACAGGCAGAGAAGGUGGACGUCCUGCAGGAGCCUUUACUAGAGGCGUUAAAGAUUUACGUAAGGAGGAGGAGGCCCCACAAACCGCACAUGUUCCCCAAGAUGCUGAUGAAGAUCACCGAUCUGAGGAGCAUCAGCGCUAAAGGAGCCGAGCGAGUCAUCACCCUGAAGAUGGAGAUCCCCGGCUCCAUGCCCCCCCUCAUCCAGGAGAUGCUGGAGAACUCGGAAGGUCUGGAGAGCGCGGCGGCGAGCAGCCGGGCGAGCGGCGCCCCCCCCGGCUCCUGCAGCCGCCCCAGCCUGUCCCCCAGCUCGGCCCAAAGCAGUCCCGCCACACAAUCGCCGUAGAAGCGGCCCACAUUUUUUUUAUUUUCCGUCACGAUGUCCUCUGCGUUCUUAAGAGGAAGGGGUGAAGGAGGGGGGGGCGGCGCCUGGACCCUGACUGUUGAACACCAGCAGAGCCAACCUCCUCCUCUCCUUACGACACAACCCCCCCCCCUCACCUCCUGAUCUGCCUUUUCCUCACCGUCCUGAUGUGAGGGGGGGUGAGGCCGGGGCGGCCCGGGGCGACAGGACGCCUCUGAGAGACCAAAUCGUAAACACUGCUGAAGACUCCCCCUCCCCCUUUCUCCCUCCACUCUCUCUCCUCCACUGCUGCUGCUCCCCUCUCCACCUUUCUCCCAAAGACUCAUGGAAACGGAUGCAGUGGCGAUCAGUUUUGAUUGGGAUCGAGAGUGGGCGGGGCAGCGCGGGACAGAUGUAUGAUCAAGGACAAUUCAUUCAGACUAACUUGAUGAACACCAGACACUUUUUUUUGUUGAACUCUGAGGCAGACUGCAAGCUUGGGACUUGUCAAAAGACCCCCCCUCCUCAAAGACUCUGGGUCUUUUCUCUUUUUCCAACUUAAAAAAGACAGAUUUCGUACAAAAGAUAUAUAAAUAUAUAUAGAAAAAAGUUAUUGUGAUGGACACGUCCGGAACAGAAUGGCAGGUUGAAAUGACGACAUGUUUUCUGAGAGUAGAAAUGGUUGUACUCCUUCACUGUUUGAAUCUUUUCAUACCCAUCGAGAGUAUUGAGAGACCUUUCAGUUUUAUCACAUUUGUACAUUAUUCUAAUUAAGGAAAAGCAAAAGAUGUUGAAAUUUCUCUCCAGUCUACACAUGCAAACACACACACACACACACACACACACACACACACACACACACACACACACACACACACACACACACACACACACACAAAUGUGCACAGAAAACAAGUCGCAAUGAAUAUCACCUACUAUUCCAGGUUGGAUUUGUUUUCCUUUUUUCUUUUUUUGCUUCCAAGAGAAUGGAAAAAAAAUGAUUGUAUGAACUUGGUUGUAUGAUAUGGUCACAGGUCCUUUCAAGAAAUCAAAUUAAUGAAGAUUCAUUAUUAAGGUGUAUUUUAAGUAGCCUUUGAGUUUGUGUAUAUAAGCUGUAUUCAUUUCUUUAAAACUAUGAAGAGUUUUAGGCUUCACCUGAUUUUUUUUUUUUUUUUUAAGAAUACCUUUUAUGUGUUUUUGUUUAUAGGUUUGUGAUGCAAGAAAAUACAUUUUGAGCACAUUUUACUGAAGGAAGUUCUUUCAUGUUUUGUGCACUAAAUACUGGACAGACUCUUAACCAAUCACUGGCUGUUCAGGAUGUGGCUUUCACAGACAAUUUAAACCUCCCCCCUCUCACUUUUAAAAGAUGUUUUACAUACAGUAGAUUGACAAAGUAGCACUCCAGUCGGGGCAUAGCUUUUUUUUGGCCGUGUAGCAGAAAGAAAUGGUGUUUUUCUGAAAAUGGUGAGCCGGACGUCACUUGGAGCCGGCCAGGUUCAAGUGAGCCACAGCAGCUCAGCUUCAAAGAGAGUUCAAAUGUGAAGAAUGGUGUACAUACACACUGUAUUAAACACAAGAGAUUCUCAGUAGCCUCUGAAUGGAUCAAUAAUCUGUAGUGGAUGGGAAAAGAAUAGAUUGUAGUGAUGCCUCUGCUCUCUCAGCGGUCAGGCAAGUGAAGGUCCCAAAUGUGAUGUUUGUCAACUAAGUCCUCACAAAUGUUCCCCUGGCAACCUGUGGUAGAAACGAGUAUGUGACUUUUUUUGCCGGAUCCAGAGCAACCUCGCACCCUGUGACUCACUUUACGCCAAAACGCCUUCACCGAUAACACACGUUUCAUCUAGACCAUCAUUACUGUACACACGCCAAUGUCUCAGGAAGGAAUCAUUUUGUGUGCUUGGCCUGUUCUAUGUUUCUGUGCUGCACCCCCCCUUAACCCUCCUAUCACAGAUGCACACACACAUGUCUGCUACUGAGCCCCUGAAUUUUAUUUCACUCGUUUUUUUGUUCGGCCUGGCAGACCAGGACCUGUGCAGAGAGACACUUACCCUGCAACGUUACGACAUAGGAUGCCAGUGUGGAUUCUCUCAGAGUCCUUCAUGUGUUCUUUUUAUUUGUACGGUCAAAGCUGCUUUCAUCAUUUAGGACUUCACCUGUCCAGAACAGCGCACAACUUUUCCCUCCACAGCUAAUCUGGAAUAGCAACAGACACACCGUCAGUUUGAGAAAUAUGGAAUAUGUUGCAAUUUUGUCAAGAUUAUCAAGCGACUUUGGAAAAAAACAAAACAACAAAAAAAAAAGAUUAAAAUAAAACCAACAUUUAAUAUUAAAUGUGUGUGUUGUUCCUGUGUGUAAUUAUUUUUCAUUCUCUGCUACAAAGGGGUCCUCUGUACUGUAGGUUUUCAUGCAUCAUAAGCAUCGAUUAAGAUAAAAUGAAGAGGCAGUCAUCAACUUUGUUAACACUUUGAAACCUUUGAGCUUCUUAUCUUGUAUAGCAGCUAUACAGCUAACAAGAGUAAACAGCUCCCUCUUGAUAAUGAAAUAAAGCAUUACACCUUUCACAUCAUCACUCACGUUAUAAAUAACAGACAAUGAUUGUUCUUAAUAUCAAGUAAAAAAUGUGUACAUUUUCAGUCAGAAAUCAUGCAUCCUUCAUUUGAAAGUUUAAUUAAUAUGCAGUAAAACACACACAUGCUCAAUUAAAUACUGUAAAGCGUUUGCCAACUG